AUGGUGUGCUGCGAUAGAUGUGCCUGCUGGUUUCACUUCGUCUGCGUCGGAGUCAACGAGGACGUGGCCAAUCGUUCUUGGAACUGCCCGGAUUGCUCGCCAGCUGAAGAUCCGGCUCCACAAUUGCCACAAUCAUCGACCCAACCAGGAAAUACAAGGGAACCAUCCAAUCUUCCGGCACAACCAUCACCGCAAUUGCCGAUUCUGCCACCGCCGGGACUGUCAUCCGUGCCUCCUCGUCAAAUUCCAACCCCUCGUCCUCGCACGUCAAGAUUAGGUAGUGUAACACCACCGACACCACUGCCCCGCACUCCACGUCCAUUGGAUCAGCUUCUUCCGGUUGUUGAGGUCCAGGAAGAACGGGCAACUAAUCAUGUCGCGCACAUCGAAGCUGAUCUGCUUAAUGAAUUGUCGGCAGACCUUCGCAUUCAGCUUUUGGAGGAACAAGAAGCAAUCGAACAGCGAUAUUUACUGCCAGAGGAAAAUAUGGUUCGGCUUCAAAAGUGCCUAAGAGGGAAAGCGCUGGAAGCGGUAAAGUGUCAACUGUUGCACCCUAGCAAUCUGGAUCAAGUUCUGGCUACACUGAAGAUGCUCUUCGGCCGUCCAGAAAUCAUUGUACAUUCGUUAAUACAGAAAGUAAAUAAUCUGCCAGCCCCUAAAGCAGAUCGUCUCGGAACGCUCGUUGAUUUUGCUCUUGCUGUACGUAACAUGGUAGCUACAGUUCAGGCUUGUGAAUUAGAGGAACAUUUGUGUAACCUCACUCUUCUGCACAGUUUAACCAAGCGACUUCCUCCAAUGAUUCGAUUGAAUUGGGCGACUCACCGACAGUCUCUCCGGUCCGUGACAUUGGUUGAGUUUAGCGAUUGGCUAUACAAGUUAGCGGAAGCAGCUAACGCCGUAACAAUGCCACAGUUUUCAUGUGUCGCUGACAAUAAAUAUCGUCGUACCCGAAAAGAAGAUGGAUUCUUGAACACCCACGCUGAAGCGCAGAAAGUGAAGCAGUUUGGUUCAAGCAAUAGUUGUGUCGUUUGCAAGGGAAGUUGUGUUGCAGUAGAGAAGUGUAAGCAAUUUGUUUCAUACAGUCUUUCCGCGCGUUGGGACGCACUACGGGAGCAUAAACUAUGUCGUAGUUGCUUAACAAACCAUCGAGGCUCGUGCAAAUCCGCAAAACCGUGUGGCAAGAACGGUUGUGAAUACAAGCAUAACCGACUACUGCACAAUGACGCAAAGGAUAAGCGAGAUACGCCAAUGGCUAAUUCGAGCAACCACACCAACGGUCAAAGGCCAGCGGUUCAUGAUAUUGAGUCGUGUAACAUGCAUCGGGGAGGAAGCAAUUAUGUACUGUUUCAGUACAUUCCCAUUAUUCUUUAUAACCAAGGAAUCGAGAUUCGUACGUACGCGUUUUUGGACAGUGGAUCGUCUCUGACGUUGAUGGAGGAAGGUCUAGCGAAACAGUUACACCUGAGCGGAGAGAAGCAUCCAUUGUGUCUGCGGUGGACUGCUGAUACUUGCCGCUAUGAGAUGGACGCCACUAAAUGUUCUUUGAACGUAUCCGGCACGCUAGACGGAAGUAGUCAACACAACUUGAUGGAGGUCUACACGGUGAAAGAUUUGAAGCUACCUUCUCAAUCGUUAUCAGCUGGAAAACUGUCCGCCAAGUACGCGCAUCUAAAAGGGCUGCCGAUAGAAUCUUACAACAACGUUCAACCGAAGCUACUGAUAGGUGUGAGUAACGCUAGAGUGAUGCAAGCCCUGGACAGCCGUGAGGGAAUGUUAGAUGAACCCGUUGCAGUUAAAACGCGUCUUGGCUGGACGGUUUAUGGUACGAUGAUGAACAGUUUUCUAUCAAGUGUCGUUCCACACAGUUUCCACAUCUGUUCUCACUCUCUCGGAUCGGACGAAAACCUUCAUGAGGCAGUGAAGAACUACUUCACUCUCGACAGUUUAGGAAUUGGAUCUCCACAAAACCAGCUUCUCUCCAAAGAAGACGAACGGGCCCUAGCAAAGUUGCAUAAAGUUACCACAUUCCAAGAUGGACGGUACCAAGUGCGACUUCUUUGGAAAUACGAUGACAUACGACUGCCUAAUAAUCGAACCAUGGCCCUCAGGCGUCACCAUUGUCUGAUCAAGAGGAUGGAACGCGAACCCAUGUUGGCUGAAACGCCGGGUAAAGUCCGGAUAGUCUUUUAUGCUGCCGCAUCCUUCGGAGGUGUCUCGUUAAAUUCCGUGUUGAUGAAAGGCCCGGAUCAGCUGAACGCUCUUCCACCAGUAUUAUACAAAUUUCGUGAGCGGUUGAUAGGCCUUGGAGGUGACAUCGCUGAGAUGUUUCACCAGUUGCGGAUGAACCCUGAAGACGCAGACAGCCAGCGGAUUUUAUGGUGUGCUAAUGCUCAAACAACGGAGCCAUGCGACUACGUCAUGCAGGUGGUAACCUUUGGGGCUACCUGCUCCCCGAGUACAGCACUUCACGUUCUGAAAGAGAACGCGUCCCGAUUUGAAAUACAAUAUCCUGUGGUGGUUGAGGCUAUCUUUCGUCGCCACUAUGUCGACGAUAUGUUGACAAGCGUUAACACUGAUGAGGAGGCGAUCAAAUUGGCCAACGAUGUCCAACACAUACACAACCAGGGAGGAUUUCUAAUGCGAAACUGGGUUUCGAACUCGCCUGUGGUACUAGAAGCCCUAGGAGUAAGUCCAAAGCAUGAGAAAUCACUAGAGAUGAACGCUGAGCUCGCUAUGGAAAAAGUCCUUGGUAUGUGGUGGAGUACGACUACUGAUGUCUUCCGCUACAAGCUCUGUACGGAUCGCAACCAGGAGCUAUUAUCUGGCUCCAAAUACCCUACUAAGCGAGAUGUGCUGCGAACUCUCAUGGCUAUCUAUGAUCCUUUAGGGCUUAUCGCGCACUACCUGAUGUAUCUGAAGGUACUUCUUCAGGAAAUCUGGAGAGCCAAAACUGGAUGGGAUGAUACUAUUGAACACAAACAUCUGGAGAAAUGGCUGCUCUGGUUGCGCAUAUUACCCGAGCUGGAAACUGUUGAGGUACCUCGUUGUUAUUUUCGUCAUGAAGCAGGUAUCGACAAUGCUACCGUGGAACUUCACACCUUUGUGGACGCCAGUGAGAAUGGUUUCGCUGCUGUGUCAUUUUUCCGCUUCGAGGUAGACGGCCACAUCGAGUGUUCUCUCAUCGGGAGCAAAACAAGAGUAGCACCUAUAAAAUUUGUUUCCAUCCCUCGUCUCGAACUGCAAGCAGCUGUUGUCGGCGCGCGUUUGGCCCAAACACAGACAGAUGCACGAGACAUUAUAUGUUGGCUGCAAUCUGACCAUCGUCGCUAUUCUCAGUUCGUAGCUUUCCGCGUCGGCGAAAUAUUGGAAACAACAAACGUUAACGAGUGGAGGUGGCUGGGUACCAAGUACAACGUUGCCGACGACGGCACAAAAUGGAAAUUUAGGCCGGAUCUCAGACCUACAAGCCGUUGGUUCAUCGGUCCUCCAUUCCUGUGGAAGCCGAAGAGUGAAUGGCCGGUUUCAACUCUAUGCGGAGAAGUAACAUCCACGGAGAUCCGAACCAGUCUACUGCACCAUACCGAAGCUAAAAACGAGGCCGUUCUACAACCGGAUAACUACUCUUCUUGGCAGCGGUUGAGACGUGUGAUCGCCUUUGUUCAACGCUUCGUCGGAAACAUCAAAAGGAAACAAAAUAGUCAACCUGUGAAUUUGGGGCCCCUAGAACACGAAGAACUUUCUGCCGCAGAGAUGUUUCUAUUCCGGCAAGCCCAGAGAGAUGACGGCGAAGAACUGGCGGCUAUAUCAGUAGGGAACCGUCAGCUCAACAAGAAGAGCCGCUUAUACAAGCAGAGCCCUUUCAUUGAUGACUGUGGCGUAAUGCGAAUCCACAGCCGUCUAGGAGAGUGUGAUUUUUUGGACGAAAGCGAUUCCCAUCCCAUCAUUCUCCCUCGGGAUCACAAAAUUACCCGUCUCGUGGUAGCCAACGUACAUCAGCGUUAUCAUCAUCAGUGCCACGAAACUUGUGUGAACGAAGUGCGGAAAGCAUUUUACAUUCCACGAGUGCGUAGAGUCUGUAACCAUGUUCGCCGAAGUUGCCAGAUGUGUAAAAUAUUCACUGCAAGACCAAUGCCACCGUCGAUGGGUCCACUUCCGAAAGCACGAGUAGCGGCCUUCGUACGACCAUUUUCAAGUGACUGCGGAACCAAUUUUGUCGGCGCAGAUGAAGAACUUAAGGCUGCUGUGGCGAAUUUGGACCGGGACAAGCUAGUGACUGAAUUCACCACUCCAACUACUUCAUGGAUUUUCAACCCUCCCGCCUCACCUCACAUGGGUGGGUGCUGGGAACGUCUUAUCCAGUCAAUAAAGAAGAUCCUUGUCGUCAUUAAACCUCAGCGAGUAACUACAGAGGAAGUCUUGCGAAGCUACCUUAUUCAGGUGGAAAACAUCGUUAAUAGCCGACCUCUGACUCACGUUCCUGUGGAUAGUUGUUCUUCACCAGCUCUCACCCCGAACCACUUCCUAGUGGGUUCGUCAAACGGGUCCAAACCUCUCGUCCCAUACAAGGACUGUCCUCUAGCACUUCAGAGGUCUUGGAAGGCAUCAGACGCUUUAGCUAAUCGUUUCUGGCAACGAUGGAUUACAGAGUAUUUGCCCACGAUCACUCGUCGCACUAAAUGGUUCAAUCAAGUGAAGCCUAUUGCGGUGGGCGACGUCGUCAUUGUGGUAGAUCCAGAUCUGGCACGGAGUUGCUGGCCUAAAGGACGAGUGGUGUCAGUUACAACCUCCUCUGACGGUCAAGUUCGUUCUGCGGUAAUGCAGACCGCUUCAGGACUCUACAACAGACCCGCAGUUAAGUUAGCCGUGUUGGAUGUAGGUGCAAACGACAGUAGAUCGGACCAGGGUCCAACUACCGGGGGGGAUUGUUGCGUACACCCUGUAAGUGACGCCGCACACAACCACACGGCACGUUGA